AUGGAGCCAGUCCGUCCUUUGACUGACUUCCCUCCUUCCUUGUGGGGUGAUCGCUUCUUAUCAUUCUCUCUUGACAAUUCACAAUUGGAAGAACUUGCUAAAGCUAUGGAGGAGCCUAAAGAACAACUGAGAAGAUUGAUAAUAGACCAAACUAUUGAUUCAAACAAGAAACUGAGUUUGAUUUAUUACGUGUAUCGUCUUGGCUUGAGUUAUCAUUUCAUGGAAGACAUCGAUGGCCAACUUGAUAAACUUUUCAAAGAGCUGAACUUGCAAGAUUACCAUGAAGCAGAUCUUUAUACAAUUUCUCUUCUCUUUCAUGUUUUCAGAAGCCAUGGUUACAAACUACCUUCUGAUGUGUUUAAAAAAUUUAAGGAUUGUAGUUCGGGUGCAUUCAAAGAGGACAUGAUUACUGAUGUGAAGGCUACGCUAAAUUUUUAUGAGUGUACGCAGUUGAGAAUAAGAGGAGAAUCUAUUUUAGAUGAGGCAUUUGUUUUCACAGAAGCUCAACUUAAGAGUGUUGAAAAUACACUCGAAGGUAAUCUUGCACAGCAAGUGAAACACGCAUUGAAGACACCCUUUCAUCGUGGGCAUACAAUGGUGCACAUCGAGUAUUUACAACUCUUACACAAGGAAGAACUUCGAAUCAUCUCACAGUGGUGGAAGGAUAUGAACUUCGACGUGAUAGCUCCAUACGCAAGAAACAGAGUAACUGAGCUCUAUGUCUGGGUAUUGGCAUUAUUCUUGGAGCCUUAUUAUUCUCAUGCUCGAAUCAUAUCAUCAAAAGUCAUAGUGUUCUUGUCAUUGUUAGACGACACAUAUGAUGCCUAUGCUACUAUUGAGGAGAUGCGACUUAUAACCGAUGCAAUAAAUAGGUGGGAAAUCAGUGCUAUGGGGCAACUUCCAGAAUUUUUUAAACCAUUCUAUGAAAUUAUAUUGAAGGAGUAUGAUGGAUUUAAGAAACAAGUACCUCAAGAAGGAAGAGUGAAUCUUGUUGAAGCUUCAAAACAUGCGCUUCAAGAACAAGUUAGAUCUUACCACCAAGAAGCUGAAUGGAGACAUAUUGGAUAUGUGCCAUCAUUCGAAGAGUAUAUGAAGAAUGGCUUAAUAAGUUCUAGCUACAACCUUCUUUCAAAAACCGCUUUGAUUGGUAUGGGUAAGAUUGUUACUGAACAGGGAUUUGCUUGGUACGAAAGUCAUCCAAAGAUCUUGACAGCUUCAGAAACUAUUUCAAGACUUCAUGAUGAUGCUAAAACUUUCGAGUACGAGCGUGAAAGAGGAAUGACAGCCACAGGAGUAGAUGCGUAUAUGAAGACCUUUGGGGUGUCGGAAAAUGUAGCUGUCAACGAGAUCAUGAAAAAGGUGGAAAAUGCAUGGGACGAUAUUAACGAGGGAUGUUUAAAGCCAAGAGAAGUCCCGAUGGAUCUAAUUAGUCCAAUUGUUAAUCUUGCAAGAAUGAUAGAUAUCACAUAUAGAUACGAUGAUCAGUACACGUUUCCAGAAAAUACCUUUAAAGAGUAUAUUACACUCUUGUUCCUUGAUUGA